AUGCUCCGCCUCGCCGGCGCCCCCGUAUUGUCAUCGCCGACUGCCUCCAUUCGCCACACCAGCGCGUCGCCGUGGAUCGCACAGCUCUUCUACGGGGCGUGUGCGGCGCCGAUGUUCGGUGUGUGGAAGACUGCGAGCACGACACGCGAGGAGAACGACGCGACGCGUGUGCUCUACUGCAAAGCGCUCAUCCACGCGAGCGGCGGCGGGCGGCGGGCGCGCGAUUGGGUGGCCGGCUGCUCUGCUUUGAUGUGCCCGUCGGACACGCUGUUGUUCAUCGCACUCAAGCACAACGGGAGCGAGCAGGAUGUAGAGCGGUACCGCGAGCACCUCCUCGAAGUCCUCGCCAAGGCCGCACUGGACGGCCAAAGCAGCAGUCCUCCAAGCGAGGCUGCUAGUAGUAGCAGCGGUGUGAGUGCUGCGCAGCUUGGCAGCAUGCCGGAAGUGCGGUGCUUCGUGUACGACGCGAUGAAGGCGGCGUGCUUUCACCGCUACCACAAAGUGCCGGUGGAAGAGCGGCAGCGCCUCUAUGCCGUGGCGCAGCGCCUCGGCCUUAACGAGGAUACCGCACGUGGAAUCUGGCGCCUCGUGGAGAAGGAGGGGGCUGUGGAGCGGGAAAAACAGCGUGCCCUCGAUUACCCGUGGAGUGACUGA